AUUACAUAAUCUGGGAUCACAAAAGGGAGGCGUGUUCAGAUGACAGAAUUCAGAGAAAUGUCGCUUUAUGACUCCUUCUAGGAAAGCUGGAUUUCCGUUGUGAUCCUGAACGCACCUGUAGCCACGCCCACAUCAGUGAGAGCUCUAGAGGUGCGCAGGUUAGAAGGAGCGGCUUUGUCCCAGAUCCGUGAUGGCUCCUCUGCUCUGGUUCCUCUGGUUCACAGCUGGCUCUGCUGCUCAAACACCACUUCAGGUGUUUGCAGUCGCUGGUGAAGCCGUCGUUCUGCCGUGCAGUUUAUGGAACAGAGCCCUCUUUGAUGACAGUCCAACGGUGGAGUGGACGCGGGCCGACCUGAAACCCAAGGCUGCUUUGGUGUACCGGGACAACAGCGAGGUCUUUGAGAUGAAACACCAGCACUUUGAGUUCCGGACCAGCCUGUUCCACAGUGAGGUCAAAGACGGGAACGUGUCUCUGAGGAUCUCCGACGUCCAGCUGUCUGACGCCGGGAUGUUCCACUGUUUGAAGAUCCCAAUGGAAGACGCCAGAGACCGGAUAGAGAACUCCACGGUGGAGCUGGUCGUUGCGUUGAACCCGAACAUCGCCGUGAUCUCGUUUGGCGAUGAAAAGAUGGUUGUGGAGUGCGAGGCAAGAUGCUGGCAGACAAAGCCACAGAUGAAGAUCCUGGACGACCAGGGGAGAACCUUGAUUGGUGAAGAGAUGCAGACAGAAGAUCCGGGAGGAUGUUCCACCAUAAAGCAGAGAGUCACUCUCCAAUGUUCAGCUCAAAGUCGCAGGAUCUUCUGCAGAGUGGAGUUCCCACAAUUCAACCAAAGCAGGGCCACACAGAUCCUCAUUCCAGAACACACCAAGUUAGAUCGGCGCGUCCAGUUGUUUAAAGCCGACUGCCUGGCGUCUUACGGCACCAUCGCCUGCAUCUCUUCUGUGAUUUUAAUUAGUUUCUGUGGAUUGUUUCUGUUGAGGAAGAAGCUGCGACGCUGCGCUGGGUCCUGUUUGCCGCAUACAAUUACGGAAACCUACACAAACAGUUCAUCAUUUCAGCAGCUCAGAACUGAUUCCAUUGAGAACAUGGAAAACUGCUUACUUGAGCAGCAGGAAAGAGAGCUGAACGACCUCAAAUCAGAGCUUCAAAAGAAAGACGUACUCAUCACAAACCUAAGACGGCAACUCUACGCAAGUCAGCAUUCUCGAGAGGUUUUCCACCGUAGCAAGCCCACACUAAGCCAGGAAGCUCCAAUAGAGGCUCUUGGACUCUUGGACAGCUUUGAGAACAGCGCCUCAUCCAGUGAGAACGAUCAAGACCUGUUGAAGGACCACAAACCUUUGAAACCCUCUAGCUUUACCCAAAAGAAACAGCCACGGGCUGAGAUCUCCGUACUGAGGAAGGAGUCGGUUCUAAGUAGCAAAAACCGAAAGAAAAAGUCAGUAGUUCGCUUGAGCUCUUACCCCGGUGAAAACGUCAACAGUACGCAGUCAAGUUUGCUUACCAGUUACCAGAACAAUAACUCCAGAGAACGAAGGGUUUCUUUAGAUCCAGGAAAUAAUGUCAGAAAACCUUUUGACAAGUCUGACUAACCAGUAAAAACUAUUACCAUCACCUGGGGCUGGUGGUUACCAAUCUGGACACACUGGAUUUAAUUGGGUUAAAAACUUAUUAUAAACUUAUUCUGCAAUUACAAACAAAGAACUAUGGGAAUGCAAAGAAAUGCCCCCUUAAAAAUGUUAGGUGUGCUUUUGUAAACAUCCUAACCUUUAAGGAAACAUUUGGCUAAAAUAGAAAAGUCCUUGGAGCGGCAGGGUGUGGGGAGUCAGUGUCCUGCAGUGCUUCUGCUACAGUUGUCUGGCUGAGAACCCGGGUGCUUGUCCACUUGGACAGCCUUGGAAGUUCCUUAAACUGGGAAUGGUCUUGGAGAUGCCCUCCAUAUGCAUUCCCUUCCUGUUUGACAUUCUUUCCACAUGUGGGGCAAGGGUUCUGGCCCAGGCCACAAUCGGCUACAUAGCGCCUUCUGCCAGUGUGGUUGCACAGAUCUGCCACCCCACAACAAUUGGGAAACACUAAAGUGUCCAUGCAAGUCGUUCCUCACCAAACUUUACUCCGGUUCUUUCACACAACAAUCUCACACACUACGAAUGGAGGACGGUCCCCAGCAUUCCCCAGUUCCCUGCUGCAUCCCUUGUAAAAGGCAACCUGAUACUGGUGUGGUGGUUUUGUUCUCGGUGCUCAUCUACGCUGUAUCUGCCCUCUUUCUAGUCCCUAUCUUCAAGUGCCAGGUCUAUCAGUACUACUUCACGCUCACCAUUUCUUUCACCUGUCUAGGGUCUCUGCCUCCUACCUGUGCCCUUCUCGUGGAGGUGGAGGAGUUGUUCCUGUCUUUGAACUUUAGGAGCUUUCAUCUGGGAUAUGUUGUUCUUUGAACUGGGGCAAGGGCAUCAGGGGAUCUGGGCCUUACCCUUAUGCUACAUUCACACUGCCCUCAGCCAUGUCUGUUCAAGUGACAACUUCCAACAAAAACUUGUAUGUGCACAUUUUGGGCUUCCAUGCUCAGAACUCUAACAUUCAUGUGUUGCUACGCAAGUUUUUAAGUCUUGUUUCGGCCUCCACAUACAAAAUGUGCAAAUUAAAACUUUAAUCAACUUUGACUCCGAUUCGGUAGCGAUGUGGGGGGUUCCCCUUCAUUUAGAGAAUUACCAAUUGUUCCAAAAACCGAUAAUGAAGGAGAAAUGAAUCAUUUGGGUUUGUGUCAGGAUGGAUUUCUAUGACACCAAAUCUUUUGUAUAUUGAAAUAGAGAUGUGAAAGAAGAAGCCUGGAUCGAAAUCCGCCAGAUUUGCACACCGCCAUUUUGCACCAACCGUAGGCGGUGGACAUGCUCCGUUAAACAGUAUUGCAUGUCUGGUGUGAACUCCAUAACCUAAAUGUUCAAAAAUGUCCUGAAAGUGGUAUCUUGAGCACGCGUCACAGGCCCAGUGUGAGCGUAGCAUUAUGUUUGUGUCUUCGGUGCUCUGUUUCUCUCUGGGUCUCUGACGGUGGGUUUUUCAGUCCCUGAUGGAUGAAGACUAUGUAUUUGUAUAUAUAUGUGUGUGUAGACAAAAAAUGUGUGUGGUUAUCUAAAUGUAAAGUUGUGCACAAAAAUCCAGCCCAUCUGCAUGAUAACAUCUUGACAGAACAGUGGCAGGGAUAGGCUCCAGCAAUCAAGCAAUUCUGAAAUUCAUCAGGAUGUGAUGAUGGAUGUAGAAAGAUUGACAUUAGUAUACAUUUGUUGUCUGAUGCUAAAAUUAUAAAUUAAUAACAUUUAUGGAAUCUUUCUGUAGAGAGAAUUUAUAAGUCGUUCUCACAUUCAGUUUUUUUAAAUUGAAUGUAUUUAACAGGUGUUUCAGAUUCAUGUAGAAUUCUUACAUAAAACGUGCACCUUAAUUUCAUCAUAAAGUAUUUUUUUGUUUCUUUCAAUAAUGCAUGUUAUUUUGUUGAUGGAUCAUCUUGCAAUUGUUAUUAUUUUGUAAAUAUUUCUGUUUGUUCUUAUUUUUAACAAGCUAUUUGUAGUUUAUUUUUUAAAUACAUUUUAAAGUGUCUUUUUAUAUUUUUGUUUAUGUUAAUUUUGUGUUUUAGUAUAAAAAGACUCCUACAGUCAGUCUGUUGAUGUUUAGUGAUAUUUAUUUGUUUUGUUUUUACAAGAUGCUGCUGUGUAAAUAAAUUCUGCACUUUA